AUGCAGAUUUCUGCGGAAAACUUGUCGGGGAAGAGCAUUGCUCUUGAUGUGGAGCCCGGCGAUACGAUUGAGAAUGUCAAGGCCAAGAUUCAGGACAAAGAGGGCAUUCCGCCCGACGACUACAGAUUCCUCUUUGAGGGAAGGGCAUGGACUUCUGGAACCUUGUCAGAGCUCAACAUCCAGAAUGGAUCUACUCUGCACAUGGUCCCUCGCAUGAGGGGCGACAUGCAGAUCUUCAUUGAAACAUUGACAUGCAAGAGAAUUGCCCUGGACGUGUCACCCAGCGACAGCAUUGCAAGUGUCAAAGCCACGCUUCAAGAGAGAGAAGGCUGCCCAGUGGAUCGGCAAAGGUUGAUUUUCGGAGGGCAGCAACUGAAGGACGAGUGCACUCUUGCGGACUACAAGAUAGAGUCCGAUGCCUUGGUGACGUUGAUCGUAAGCCCGUUCUAG